UUCCACGCAUGCUCAAAUCUAGUACCAAACGAUGUGGCAUAAAUAAUCCCUUUAUUCCAAGCCCUGCGGCGGUCAGGUUCUGUCAUUGGUCGAACGGCCGCCGACGCAGACGAUCUUGACACACGUGUGAUAGCCAUGAGUAGCCCCUAGAUUGCAUGAAUUGCGUCACUAUGGGAUACCUGCUACAUGUGCUUUAAUUUUUUGCGGAAAUUAAAAAAGAACUUUUAAUAAGCAACCAUUAUCUUCGAACUGAGCCGCUGACAGCGUAGAAUAGUUUUGGCGGGAAAUUUCUUCGAAUACUAACAAGCAGACGUUAAUUUUGAUAAAAAGAAAGGACAGUUGAAUUCCUAAGAUACAAGAAUACAUAUAUAUAUUUAUUUACGAACAGUAAAUCAGGAAGCGAAGAUAUUUAGCAGCGAAGUAAUAUCAUUUCAAAAUAUAGCUAUAUCUUUGAGUAUAACAGUUGGAAGCUACAAAAAGUUCUCUUAACUAGUUCGCCAGAUUGAUUAAAAAAAGAAACAGCAAAAUAUAAUAAUCUUUUCCUCGAGAAAAGAAGGAAAAAAAACUGUUUACAUGAUAAAUAUUUGAAAACAUUAUAAAGAAAUGUAGAAUAUAGCGAUAAGCUUAUCGCAAUCCUUAUCAAAGCUGCUGUAAUUUUUUUUUAUACCUUUAAAGAUAAUUUCUUUUUCUUACUUUAUUCUAAAGAACAUAAGGGCUGCAGGUGCCUGGAUGAAAUAUUCCCUUAGAGUUUUGGCAUCAAAACUUUACUUGACGAUGCAUCGAUGUGAAUGAAAACAUGAAAUAUCGCCAAAAAAAGAAAGAUGCGGCAGCUUAAUUUAAGCGCCAACUGUUUGUUAUCCAGCUUCUUAAGAAAUGAAAUAAUGUGCGAAGUAACCAAUACCAAUAGACUGAAAUCAGCUUACUACAGACCAGAUUUUCUAGCCUUCAUCCUUACUGCUUUGUUUAUCGUCUCUUUCACUAUUUUGGACUCUAAAACAUUUGGUCUCAGAGGGUGAACAUAUGGGGCUGCUAGCCUACUCUUCGUGAUAAUAUUAACGCUCCAUGAGAACUGCACCUCAACGCUUGAGAGCAUUAAGAACUAAAGUUUUCAUGAGGUUCCGUCCGCCUUCCAGAUGGCGCUUCGUUCGAGACCUGCUGCUCUUAGUUGUUAUAUUCAUCUGCCUCACUUGUUACCUCAGCUACAUUGGAUCAUUCCUUCAAACCACUGUGCCCACAGAUGGCAGCAGGUCGUCUGGUAUCGGAAGCAGCGCCCUCAAGCGGACUAUUCUGUCGCAGCUUACAUCGCAAGACAAGGGGCUACCUUUGACUAAUGAUCCCUCUUCGCCCAAUGUUCCUUAUCCCCAGGCUGCAUCGUUCGAUUAUAGGCUGGAAAGACUACUUGAGGAGAUCGAAACACAAUCUUUGAGAGCUUUAAAACAACAAAAGAAAAUCGCUAUCAUCCGUGGACAGAAGAAUGUUGUUUCUAGAGAUUUGCCACUCUAUCAAAAGACGCUGGAGAGACAUGGUUUUGAAGUACACCCUCCACCUUGGUAUCGAAAACACAGACUCGCUGACAGGAAUAGUACAGUUUAUUUUGUUAUGGACAAGCCAGAAAAGUACCAAGUAAGCCCUGAAGAAAGCGAACCCUCUGAUUGGUUGAUAUUAUUAUGCAUGGCAUUUUCAGAUGGCGAUCCAUCAUCCUGUUUUGACUGGAAAGAACUAUCAACUUUAAGACCUUAUACUUGGGUGAAUCGUAUACCUGGGAUUCGGAACGUUCUAUGGCAAAAGGAUUCUUUAUGUGUGACAACAAAUGCUGCUAAAAGACUGUCGUCUUUGAGUCAUGUUCCACCAGCUCCGCCAUGUUUUGUUCUGCCUGUACAGUUCCAUGAAUUUGUGAAUGUAGCUGAGGCCUUAGGAUAUACUAGUCAAUGGCUACUGAAACCUCAAACAUCUGUAUCUGGUCCGAAAUUGGUUGAUAUUUUUUCACCCGUUGGUCAAGCAGAGAUCGAUGAAUUCAGCAGACGAAGAGCAGUCGCUCAGCAGAUGGUGAACAGUCCCUUCAACGUGUUCGGACAACCCGUCAGUAUUCGACUCUACGUUUUGGUGACGUCGAUGCUGCCCCUCAGAGCUUAUGUCCACUCACAAGGCAUCGUGUAUCACCGAUAUAAUGAGAGCAAGAAUUUCAAAAAGAUUCCUGGAAGAACUUGGCCUCUUUCUCAGUUCUGGCAGUACGUAUCAAAGAACCAUGGUUUCGAGGCGGUCACAUCCGCAAUUCAUCAUGUACAUGAGACAAUCGUACAUCUUCUUUUGUUGGCUGAGCUCGGUCUCAUGUCAUCGCCAACUGAAGACGUGAUUAGUGGACUUGGCAAAGGCAGGCGAUUCAAAUGCGAGCACUGUUUUCAACUGCUGGGAAUCGAUGUAAUGUUAAAUAGUAGCUUGCGGGCAUCGAUUCUUGAAGUGAAUGGCCAGCCGAGUGUCCAGGAGUCGAGCAGGGAUGAGGAUCUCUUCAUCAAUAGUGUCAAAGGGGCCGUAGUUGACGAUACAGUUACUCUAUUGCUCUCCUCUACCUCCGUCGCCAAAGAGGUUGCCAAGGCUCUCUCACACGUCGCCGAUAACAGCAUAGGAAUAUUGGGUGUCAAUUGUAGAGUCAGCCAUGAAUUGUGUCUCAGUCACCAGGACUUAGUUUUUCUUACGCAAUCCAGAAGAGAAGCCCAAAACUCUGGGGGAUUCAGGCAGCUCUAUCCAUCCGUCCAAGGGGAUUUGUAUGGACCAGUUAUAGAUGAGAUUCAAAAAAGUUUGAAUGAUGAGAUGAGAGUUUUAUCAAAUAGUGAAAAUGUUUCUUCCCCGUACAAAACAGCCCAUUUACGGCAACUUAUGAUAAGUUUAGAAAAGUUUUAUGGACCACAAAAAUCGUACGAAAUGUACGCAGAAGAAGACAUGAAACUUGGUGGUUGUUGCAAGAAGAGCAAUUUUUCAGAGCCUAUUAGACAUUGGAAUUAUGGAAGAUUUUCUGAAAGCAAAGAGCCUUUUUUACCAAGCUGUAGUGAUGAUCCCACCACGAUGCCUUACUUGUCCAGUAUUUCUGUGUAUCCUCCUCUUGACCUCAGCCCUCAUUUUAACCCUUUGGUCACAGAUUAUUACGCAAACGUUAGCUAUGAUCAACUGAUGGUAAAACUUUCUGCGCAGGCGCAGAACUGUCAAACUGAAGUGCGCAUUGACGACAAAUACGGACCUAGCAGAACAACUAACUACACGCUGGGAGUAGGAGAGAAUAGAAUUAAUUUCUUACUGGUAGACAUAACACACACAGAGCCCUGGAUAAUCAAUACCUACACUCUCUUUGUGCAGAGACUGACCAUUACGCAUGAGGAGCCUCCCUUUGAUCCUGCCACUCAACAUCAAGUCUGCAGCUUACAUCAGGAAUGUGAAAUGCGGGUCUCACCAACAGAAUUAUGUGGCAUACAGAGAGAUGCGGGCAUAUCACGUGACUGGAUCUCAUAUAUGGAAGAGGUUAAUGACACUCCCAUCUGUAUGCAGGGUGAUGCUCCAGGUCGUUGGGUGUUGCCAUGUCGAUCUUGCGCUGAAAGAUCCACUUGUUUUUGGCGAGAGGCAAUGUGGCAACCCUAUGGUUGUAGACAUGCCACACUUUCAACAGAACAACUAAAACGCUGUUUGGCAGGUAAAAAGCUGUUAUUCAUCGGUGAUUCAACGAAUAGAGGUAUGAUGCAUUAUGUCAUUGAACGACUGAAUGGUUCAUUAAACGAAUGGGACAAAACUCACGAUAUUCGGGUUUACAAAAACGUGAACGACGAAAAAACGGCGGUCAGUUUUGCUUACUAUCCACAGUUUUGGCUGCCCACCAAUCAGAGACCGGUAUUCGACAAAGCUCUCUAUCACCUCAUACAGAAGUCUCGACCAUUGCAGAAUAGUACCAACACAGUCCUCAUAGUUGGUGGUGUACAGUGGUUAGCUACUCAACAUCUUUUGAUGAUGCUUCGUGCACUCAGAGUAGAGCGUUUGCAAGGUAUAAAAUUAGUGAUGAAAACGCUUGGUGCAGGUUUUCAUCUACCAGUAGAGGGCGUCCACACCUUAUCCAUGGAUGAACAAAGGAAACUUUUACUUCACAGUAUGGGUUUAGCAGACUUCGCAAAACAUUAUAACUUCGAUAUAAUCGAUACUUUUAAUAUAACCGUGCCAAGAUAUAAAGAUUUUCUACAAGGAAAAUGCGCUUGCCAUUUUCACAGGGUUGUUAAAGUUCCGUCAUUAGAUGAUGAUUUCCCACGAUGGAGAACCAGAAGGAAUACAGGAUCUGGUGGCAGUCGUCAACCCAGAUAUCACGUAGAGGGUCCCAUAAAUUCUAUUUAUAGUGAAAUAUUGCUCAGUCGAAUUUGCUCCGAUUUUACAUCGGACACGUGAUUAAAAACAUAAGCUGCUAUAGCAGAGUUUUUGUUGAACUGUUGAAUAGAGCUAUAUCUUUCCUGAGGAAAGCCGAUGUAUAUUUAUUAAGUCGAGAGAAGUCGAAAUGACAAAAUACUUGUACAUUCCAACAAAAAAUACAACACUGACACUCAGUUGAAAAUUGACGGUAACCGAUGAUGGUCAAGAACAAAAUUUUCAUCCACUUUUGAGUUUCAACUGGCGCCAAAAAUUAUAUUUAUUUCAAGGAAAUUCUGUUUGAUUUCUAUGCAUUUAUGAAUCCAUUUCCACGCAGUUUUGCGAAGAUUGACCAAUUUUCAGUUGGCUUUAGUCUUUCUUUUAACUUCGAAAGCUUUUGUGGCAACGUCAUGAAGAUGUUCACUUCUUAUUUUUGCAUUUCACCUCUCAAGUGUUCUUGAAUUUCAGCAAAAAACAAUGGGCUUAACCGAGUUUAGUUGACUUUUAUUUUCUUGAAAUUGUCUCAGUAAUUUCUUGAAAAAAAAACUGUUCAUUGCAUAAAAUAAUUCCAUUUAACAUGACUUUUAUACGUAUUUUUUUUCCUUGAAAAAGUACUUUCGUUGUUUUCAUACGGUUAUACGCACAUAUUAUUUCUUCGUUCCAUUUAUCAUUAUUAAGUAUGAAAAGUAUCUUAUGUAUUACAAAAACUGCACUAUGAUUCAAAAAAAUUGUUAGCAUUAGCGUAAAUUACACUCUGGUUCAUUUAACCCUAAUAUCAAUGUCUUGAGUCAUAAUACCCGUACCUUGAACCAUAAAAUAGUACUAUGGUACAGUACAGUACAAUUUUCUGCAGCCUUAAUGUUGUAGCAAAUUUGAACGAUAUUAUGAUUUAAUACACUCCAAAAUUUCUAACGGUUUGCUCUUUUAUUCAACAUGUGUUCGAAUAAUAACUUUUAAAUUCAAUUUGUUUAAAUGGUAACUUUCAAACGAAAAUUUUAUGAUCGCUCUAAAAAAAACUGUCUGCUAAUUAGGUAUUUGCAUAUCAUGUAAAAUGACAUAAAAAUUCUUUUGUACCAUCCUUUCUUCCUUGUAAUAGAAUUUGUUGUAAACUCUACGCAAUCCCCUAAGUUUUAUGGAGCAGAUCCCUAAAAGCUCUAGUUCAGCAAUAAAAAUUGUGUUUUUUAUUAUUCGAAUUGAGUAGGAAACAAAUAGUCCAAAAAGAUAUUUAAAUUGUUCAAAAAAUCGAAAACAUUUCUUUUCCAUCGUUAUAUUUUAAUAAACAUUUCGCAUAUAACAAGUUUCUCACUUUAGAUUUUUAAAAAAAGAACUACUAAGUAUAAAAUGGAAAAAAUUAACUUUUUUUUUCCUUUGCAUCGACUGAAAAUUAAAAUAAAAAUCAUACUUGGACAAAUAAUUUUAAUACACUUUAAAAGUUUUCCAUUGAUAUUAAUUUGCCAAAGUUUUAAUAUGCACUUUAGAAUCUUCAUAUAGUUAACCGGACCGUGGUAGCCCAAUGGUUAGAGAAUCAGACUUCGAUCUGGAGGUGCACGUGCUCGUAAAAUCUGUGGAACUGAAAGUGCUGGGGUCGGUCACUGAGCAGUACCAUGGGUACAUGAAUCUGGAGAGUAUUUUCUUCGCUUUAUAUCGAUUUCUAAAUUGAGGAAGUAGCCUCACGAAUGAGUGGUGCUGCCAUCUAUCAGUGGAGUUUUGAGCUAAGUCGUACUUUCUCCCAUGCCAUGCUCUCUUGUCAAACGUCAGGCGCACUUUUUUGACUUAAUUCAUAAAAAGAAAAUUACUGGCGACCUUGGCUUGUCCAGAUGUCAUUAGAAAGCGUCCACUUGUCCGAACAACAAUGGAAUUAACCAUUUGUAUUAAUUCGCCAGCUAUGAAUAAAAUAAUCCUAAAUUUAUAAUAUUAAAACUGUAUAUGAAAACUAUAUGAACUAUAUUAAGCAAAUCCCUUUUUUUAAAAACUAAGACUUUUAAGUCACAACAAUUUUUUUGUUUUAAGGGAAAAUUAAGUAAAUUUACCUCGAAUUCAUACAACACAUUACAAUAUCUAACGAAUUUUUGAAUCAAAGUGCAUAUGAAAGUAUUGUAUAAUCUAUCGAUUCAUUCUUAUAUAAACAUUAUAUUUCUUUCAUGUUAUUUUUCUGUGAUUUCUGAUGAAUUUAUUUUUCCUAUGCGUGUUGUUCAUAUUACAAAGACUUACGGAAUGUACUGUAUAUUCUUCUGUACAUAGAAAAAGAAAUUAUAAUUGGGGAUGUCAAAGUAUUUUACGCAGCCUUUGCUUGCUUAACCAUGAUAAAUAUGCUCAUGUAUAUUUUUAAAUUAGAUGUGUUUUGCAUUGAAUUGAUGUUAGCCAACAAUACAACUCCUAAAUAAGUUAAAAGGAAAAAAAAGAUUAUAAUUUAAACAAAUAUUUAUUAAAAAAUUUAAUCCUAAAUUAAUAUCUUCAGGAUAAGUAAUUUAUCUAGUUAGUCUCUGUAUUUAAUGUAUAUACGUGUUAAAUACUAAAAUUCAAUAUGUUCAAUGCAUUUUCAAUUUCUUAAGGUAUCUUGCGACAUUUUUAACGUCAUAUUUUUUAUAACAGCAACUUCUUUUCUUAAUAAUUUUAACAUAAAUAGUUCAUUUAAAUGAAAAAUUAUUGUAUCAGUAAGUUUUUGCAAUGACACACUAGUAAAUAUCUUAUCAUAAAUUUUUCUUACGUUAUUAAUUUCCUAUAGCUUUUAUCUACCAAAUAGAUUGAAAACUAAGAUCUAAAAUGGAAGUGGUUAAUAAGUAAGGCCGUUGAAGUCCAAAAAAUACCAAUAAUUCUAAGUUUUAUGCAUUUAAAAGCAUUAUAAGAUGCUCGUACAAAAGACCAUGCAUAUAUUGAAAGGAAACGCUUAGAUAUUGGUUUUAGUUUAUUUAAGGUCCAGCAAAUAUAUGACAUAUACUCAAAAAAAAUUUAAAAGUUUAUAAUAACAGUUAUUUGAGUUGCAUUGUAACAAGCAAGAAUAAAACUUGAAAAAAAAGAAUUAAAACUUGACCUACAUAAAAACUUAGGCGUGGCUUUCUGUGUAGGUGGGUCUUGAAAUAAAUCUAAGUUAGAAUUAUCUAGUCAAAAUUAUUUUAUAUCGAAAAUGAAGCUAAUUACUUAAAUUGUUUAGUUUCGAAAAUUAUUGUUCUAUUAAUUGAAGAGCUUACGCAUGCAUCUCUUUAAAAUGCAAAUUUAUCAAAUUAAAAUACAGAGUUACAAUUUCUUCCGUGGUUUGGAGGCUUAUAACGUGCGAAAUAUUACGAAUACACCAAAUUUUACUUUGAUAAAGAAAUAUCACAAGUUCUUUUUUUCACCAAUGUCCCUUGGGUCACAGACAGAUUUCAAACCUGUAGUCAAACUCUUGCCACACUCACUACAUCAUGGUGACUAAUGAAGCUUCGAUCCUUCCUCGUAAUUCUGUUAAAUCAUAUUGCAUAGGGGGCACAAACACAUAAUCUUUGAUGUAACCAUAACCCCAUAAAAACAUGUUUCUGUAAUCGUAAUGUUUCAAGUGCAUUUUUCCAAAUUUGCUAAUUCUGAAAAAGAAAAUUCAAGCUCAUAACUUUCACUGAUUUUUUUUUUUUUCUUUAAGGUAGCAAGAUACCUUAAACACAUUUAUUCUGUUUUCUUUAACAGUUAUUUGCCACAAAUUUAAAUUAAACUUGCGUUUAUCAUUACUAAAAUAUCAAUGAAAUCUUUUCUUUUUUUUUCAGAUUUAAUAAAAACUUUGUAUUUGAAAUCAACAAUUGUAGAUUAGAAAUAGUUUAGCUUUUCUUACUUUAACAUUAGAUAGAAAGUGCAUUUAAUUAGAAGUUCUAGAAACUUUCUACCAAUUAAAGUGAUCACAAAACGUAGAAAUAAAUACCUAUUUUUAUCAUCAUGGCACGACGUCGUCAUUGUUAGAACUUCAUUUCUGUUAAUGGUGUUUUCUUGUGCAAUGUGUAACCUUUUAUAGAAAACGCUACAUAGACAUUUUAUAAACUUACAGUAGAAUUUUCUUGUUACAUUUAGCACUACUAGUGAACAAGCAUCUACCAACUGAUUAAUUUCCACUGUGACAAUGGAACAAACAAAAUAUCAACAAAACGAAACUCUCGAAGCAUUUUAUUUGUUUAAAUUAAAAUAAUUAAUUGCAUCGAAUUUCAAAUUUUAUUUUACCCAAAAUCCAAUCUAUCUAAACAACUCAUUAAAAUUUUAGGAAAUGUAAACUAGGAAAAAAUCAUCUUUUUUUUCAUUCUAAGAGACCUUAUUACUUAAGCACUUAGACUACAUGACUAAAUAAAAAAUAAUGACAUAAUUAAAAAGUGGCUUUCUAACUCAAUACAAGCUCAAAACAGGAUCUUAUUAAAAAGGGCCCGUAAGUUACUAUUUACCGAUUUUAAUACGCAAAAAUGGCGACAUCUAUGGACAUUUAUCGGUACUAACAUAGCUGAUAGUGAUUAUAUGAGAUUGAAACUUGAUGAAAUACCAUUACCGCAUAUACUGGAUUACGUAUGCAUCAUGUAUAUCGUAUAUUGCCGAAAAUUACCAGGUUGAUAAAUAGCAAAACAAAAAUAAUGUUCUAAAAUCAUUUAUUUGUCUAUAUGUUUUGAGAAAAGAGACCCAAAUUAAUAUAUUGCUUAGGAAUACUGAUAAAAGCUAUUUACGAUGACGUGGGCUUUUUUUUCCUAAAUGGUUACUGGCAAUCAAUUGACUUCGAAACAUUAUCUCGGUUUUCAAAAUUAUUGGCUUGAUCAAUUUCGAUGGUAUUACCCACAUGUUACUCCAAAACACCUAAAGUUUGGUAAACCCUAGGUUUUAUCAAUAAAACCUGGAAUUCACGAAAGUGCUUUGGUAAAAAAACUGGAUUAGAAUCAUAUUACAGCAUACUUAGAACUUUUACCAAGCCUCUUUUGUAAAAGUUUGGUUUUUACCGGUAAAAGCUUGGAUUCACCAGACUUCGUGUUUUUACCAUUACAUUUUUUUUUCUUAUGUAUCAUACAUUUUAAUCCGUGAUUUAAACUAAAAAGGGACUUAAAAUUUUAAAAAAUGCAUAAAAAAUGGAAUUGAAUUUUAAAAGAAUCCUAAAAAUUGAUAUGCAGAUUGAUAUCCUAAAAAUUGAUAUGCUUGGGAAGUAGUUAUUUUCAAAUACAUUAGAAAAUUGAAAACAAAUUUGAAUUUCAUAUUCCCUGUCACAGCGGGAAUUUCUCAAACGGCAAGUAGUUCACUCCCGUUCGUAAUCUACGUCCAAAUAAUGAAAAAAAAACUAUUCUAGUUGAAAAUAUAAAACUGAAAAACAAUCGAAGUGCGCUUUUUACAAUACAUAUCUUUCGUAAUAUACUGGACAUCCCUAUUAAAGUGUAAGUGAAACAAAAUGUACUUAAAGAAGAAUAUUUAUUGAAUGUAUGAAAAUAUUUAUUUUGAAAAAAAGGAUACACAACUCAUUCCAAUUUAAGUGGAGCAUGAUUGUUAAAUAUUGUAGAGUAAAGUAAAGUUGAAUUUCAACUGUUUUUAUAUAAAGACGAGCAUUUGAACUGUUCAAUUGUAGUCAAAUAGAAAACUGAUGAAAGAACCAAAUGCGGCGUUUUACUGAAUUGAUUUUUAUAUUUAUAUCAAAUGAAUUAUUCGGAUAGAGAAUGUUGGAUAUUGCAACAAGAGUAUAACUUGUUUUUUGUUCAUGAAGAUGAUAGUUUAUUGUAGAGAGUAUUAUAUAAUGUACGAAUUUUAUAUUUAAAAAAAAUGCAUGUAAACUGUAGCAAUGGCAAUGAUAAUUUUCUCUUAAUUAUGGCUUGCUCAAGUGCAUGAAAUCCAAACAAUGGAGUUCACUUAUUUGUCAGAUAUUUUUAAAUUCACCAGGCAUUUAAAUAUGUUAUUUAAGAAACCUAGCUAAUUAAAAGUUUAUUCUUUAUCAGCAAGUUCUAAACGAGGCAUAACUUUGAAGGAAAAAAAACUCUAAAACAUGACUUAUUGAACACUUUUUACUCGGUUUCAUUAGAAACAUUCUUUGAAACAGAAUAGAGAAAUAAACUUAAUCAUUAUUAGUCAUUAAUAAUAAUUAACGAAGGUCAUUAUUAAUAAUUAACGAAGAAAUUUAGUAAAGAGUAAUAUCCAUGGGAGAUAUUAUUAAUAACUCCCUGUUACUAUUUAUGAUUAACUUUGAUUUAAAAAAUUACUGGCUGUUAUCAAUGGAUUAAAACUACCGUUUAUUAUUAAUAAUUAACAAUAAUUGAACAAUGUGAUUAAUGUGAUUUAAUUAUAAAAUGAUGAAUGAUUUUAAUAUAAAUCAAAUUUAUCACUUUAACCAUGAGUUACAAAUGAAAAGGGAAAAAUAAUGAGAUCUUUCAAAGAUUAUGUAACUUGAAUUUCUAAAAUGAAAAAUUUUGUCAUUGCAUAUUUUUUGUAGCAAUUUUUAAAAAACUAAGUUUUUAAAUAUCUGCUCCCUACUUAAUAUUUGCAUUCUGCAAUUGUAUUUAGUUGUUUUAUAGAAAUAUAUGGUUGAAAAUAUUGCUACAAACAUUUACGUUUUGUGUGUGUAUUUUAUGUAUGCCAAAUAAACAAUAUUCAUUGAAUAUUAUAUUUAUAAAAUUGAAAAACAAUAUCGACACAUCUUUUUACUUCGAAAAAAAAAAUUUUUUUAAUCAAACGUUUUUAAAUAAGAAAACAUUGUUUCUGCUAAUAAUAUGUGUAAACAUUUCGUGAAUCUAGAAACAUAAGAAAUUAAUUUUCUUAUAUUAGCAUAAAUUUUGUAAUAUUUAUUUAAAAAUUUACAAAAUAUAUUACAAGAAUAAAAAAAAUUAUCUAAAAAAUAUGCAUUUAAAAAAUUUGAAAAUACAAAUUUAUAAAAUAAUUUUAUAAUCUGAUCCCAGAUAGCAAGUGCAAGGUUGAUUUUAACGUCAGCAAUAAGGUUUAUCACAAAGCCCAACAAGUUAUGAUUAGCAAAUAAACCGUGCAAGCUUGAAACAAUGUUAAAUGUAACUAUACUAGUUAACACGCAAUGAGGUUCGAAUUAAGAUUUAAUAAACAACCUUGUUAUACCGAGAUUAAAUCCGAAAUUACAAAAUGAGGCUAGAAAAACCAUCUGAAAUCGAGGAGGAAUCAUUCUCAAAUUAAGAGUAGAAAGCGUUCCCAAACCAAGAAAAAAUUUACCUUUUCACUUUAGAUUUUAUAACGAUUACUGUGAAACGACGUUCAUUUGUGCAGGCUUUUAUACAUUUUCUUUAACACUUUAAAAGUAAAGUUGGCUUGAUCACUAAAUUUUUAACAAAAUCAAAAUGUUAAGAUUAGAGAGCCUGGACAAAUCUAGAAAGCAAGGUUUACAAUAAAAACUAAAAAAUUAGAAUUUUUUAUAAAGAUUUUUGCAAGCCUUUAUUCAAUCUUUAAGGAAACAAGCCUGGUAUAAUUAUAAAGUUUAAGGGAAACUUAAUUUUUCAAUCUUUUUUGGCUAACCAAAUGAAAAUACAACGUUUGCCGUAUGGUGACUUGCUAUCUGGGAUCCGUUCGAGUUUAAGCAAAUUUCAAAAUUUUUUACCCUUUUGAUGCAGAUGGAACACCAGUGACCCUUUUAUAUAUUGUUUUCUGACGCUUAAACUACAAGUAAAAAUAUAUUUCGGUAUUUUUUAAUCGUAAAAUAGUCAAAUAGUUACUAAACAAAUCUGUUAGAAUAUCGGAAUUAUGUUUGUACUAAAAUAUAAAGUCCAAGACAAAUUGGAAUUUUUUUUUCAUUCAUAUUGAAGAAUUUAUCAAUAAUUUAUUUUAUAAGUUAAAGAAAUUUCAAUGACGAAUAACUCUUUCUCGUAGAUUUAACUGAGAGAAAUUUGAAAACUGAUUGUUUGGAAAUACACUGGUGUUUCAUGGUAUAUUUCAUAACCAUAAAUUAUUAAAAUGCUAAAUAUAGUAUUUUCACUUAUUUUGACCUAAAUUAGUACAAAAUAAUAAAAAACGUAGAAAAAAUAUGUUUAAUAAAAGUUCUGCGUCAAAGAGUUAAAAACUUAAACAUUUAAUAUUUUAACAAAGUUAUGUUAAUUCUCCGUACGGCUAAUAAAAAAUUUAAUUUUUAACGAUUCUUGUAGAAGUUUAAUAAACACGCUAAUAAUGUCACACAUCUUUAAAUUAUAAAAUGAAUUUACAAAAACUUGCAUUUGUUGAAGAUAGAUGAAAUUACUAAAGUUAUUUAACUUUCAAGUGCAUUCAUAGUAAAUUAUUGUUAUAUUUCUUAAAUUAUCAUUUCAAAAUAACUACGACUAUCAGAAGUAAACUUCUGCUCAAAAUACAGAGUUUUAUUAGUAAGGCAUUCUAUCCGUCUUGGAAAUAUGCACACAAGCACUAAAGUUAGCACUAUUUUAAAACUGUAGCGAAUAGAUUUUUAAAUUUAUAAACGCUAAACCAGUUAAAUAUUGUUGAUAUAGAAUUUUGUAAAAAAAAAUAUAACUACAAAUAAAUUAAUUAUAAAAACUAA